UUACUUAGCAAUAAUAAUAAAAAUUUAAAGACAUUGAAAGUGUAAGCUAAGCAGAGCAGUAAAAUGGCAGUGAAAUCCUGAGUGCCACUGCUACUGCAACACAAAAGGAAAAGGAGAACUAGGUAGAGUUUUUUUUUCAAUUCAUUGGGAACCCAAUUUUUCACACUAUUCUCUUUCUUUCUUCCUCUGCAUUUAUCGCGUGCACUCUGCUCCCUAACCCAAACAAAAAUUCCUUCAUCCCCCUUUCUCUCCCUUCAAACAGUACUCCGUAAUUACUUUCGCCGUUUUAUUUUAAAUCGGCGAUCAUCACCCUAAGAGCUGCAUAUAUCAUAUCCGUAACCGGAAAUGAAAUACUAAUACUCAUCAUAAACAUACUGUAAUUAAUAAAUCAAUUCAACCCUCCUCUGCUUAGUUUAGUAAAAGCUUCUGAAGAAGUUCAGAGGAAAGAAAGAGAAAAGAAAAAGAUGACGACAACUAUCACUUAAUAAACCAGUGGGUUAUUUUCAUAGGAUUUUGCUGUAAAAAGCCUGUUUCUUUUUUGUGUAAGCUUAAAUUCCGGGAGCUCUCUCUGCCCUUUUAUUCUUUUUAAUUUUUAUUUUUACCACAAAUCUUAUUCUUACUCCUUUAUUACUCCCACUAUCAAACAAAAAACCCACUACUUCUUCUUUCUCUUCUUCUUAUAUCUUCUUAUAAAUUAAAGAUCAAAUUUUUAUUUAUAAAGAUCCAAUUUUUAUUUAAAGAUCACAUUUUUAGUGAGAAAGAACACAUUUUUAUUUAAAAGGAGAGAAAAAAAUGGAGGGAAUGGAGAAUAAUAGUAAUGGGUUGUAUCCUAUGAUUAUGAUGCAACCAUCUCUUUCUCAUCAUCAUCAUCAUAGUAAUUCACAUCAUCAUCAUCAUAACAAUAGCAACAAAGUUUGUUGUUGUUCUUCGUCUUCUGGUGUUGGAUGUUAUGAUGUUGAUGAUCAUCAACAUCAACAUCAUCAUCAUCAUCAUCAUGUGAUGGAGAGUAACCAUCAUAAUCAAAAUCAGAAUAUUCAUAAUAAUAAUAAUAAUAAUAAUAAUAAUAAUAAUAAUAAUAAUAAUAAUGGUAGUAACAAUGGUGGUGAUGGAAGUAGUAGUUCAGGUGGGAAUAUUAAGGCUAAGAUUAUGUCUCAUCCUCAUUAUCCUCGUCUCUUAUCUGCCUUUGUUAGCUGUCAAAAGGUCGGAGCACCACCGGAAGUGGUGGCAAGACUAGAAGAGGCAGAGGGAAUGGUAAUGAAUCAAGGAGGAGGAAGAAGCGGAGGCGGCAGCGGCAGCGGCGGAGGAUAUAUUGGUGAAGAUCCAGCUUUGGAUCAAUUUAUGGAAGCUUAUUGUGAGAUGCUCACAAAAUAUGAGCAAGAAUUAACCAAACCCUUUAAAGAAGCUAUGCUUUUUUUAUCAAGAAUUGAAUGUCAAUUUAAAGCCCUAACUCUUUCUUCUCCUUCAGACUCUCCCUCUUCUGCUUGUGGGGAGAUCCCUGAUCGAAAUGGAUCGUCUGAGGAAGACAUUGACGUGAACAAUAACUUUAUUGAUCCUUCGGCAGAAGACAGGGAGUUGAAAGGCCAGCUGCUCCGCAAGUAUAGCGGAUAUUUGGGAAGUCUGAGGCAAGAGUUCUUGAAGAAGAGGAAGAAGGGAAAGCUGCCGAAGGAGGCCAGGCAACAAUUGCUUGAUUGGUGGAGUAGACACUACAAAUGGCCAUAUCCAUCAGAGUCCCAGAAGCUCGCGUUAGCUGAAUCAACAGGAUUGGACCAAAAGCAGAUAAACAAUUGGUUUAUCAACCAAAGGAAAAGGCAUUGGAAGCCGUCGGAGGACAUGCAAUUUGUGGUAAUGGAUGCUGCUGCACACUCCCAUGCUCAUUCUCACUACGGUUACAUGGACAACGUCCUUGGGAACCCUUUUCCCAUGGACGUCUCCCCAACUCUUAUGUAAUAGCCCAAAUCAUGAUCAUCGACAAUUAUAUUAUAUUGUCGCUUCUGAUCUCUGCUUAGUUAAUGGUUAUGUUAUUGAGAGUUAUUUAUUGUAUUGUGCUUAAUUAAACUCGAUCGAUCAAUUAUGGAUCCGUACCACUUAGAUGAUAUGAUAUGCCUUAUUAUCAUAUAAUAGUGUGGUGUACUGCUAGCUGAGUUAGAAUCAUGGAGUACUCGUAUUAUUCGAGUAUGUAUUGUUAUUAUGAAUAUAUAUUAUAGAAUCUAAAGAUUAUGUUACAUUAA